CAGUCGGGAUCGUCAUUGCCAUUGCCAAGGCAAUCUAGUGAACUAGUUGCGAGAAAGUUUUAGAAUAUUUUCCUGGGGAUCGAAAAAUCCUCCAGUGAUAUCCUCUUCCAGUGUUUGCAUUCCACACGUGCGAUUCGCGUACGAUUGAUAAUAUAAAAAAAUACUGAGAUGAUCGAAUGUGUGUAUAACGCGUGCCGUAUAUUAACGUUAUACGACAUCUUAGUUCCAUAGAUGCUAAUAGUGACGAAAAGGAUUCUUCGAACGGCAAAUUCUUGCAGGACGACGAAAUAAUUCUUGCCGAGACACAAGAUUCGAUAAGAGAUAUCGUUUGUUAUAGGCAUUGUCGUCGACUGGCAUUCGUGGAUAGAAAGAUUUUCAAAUACGCGCGGCGUGGUUCGUUGACAGAUUCGUCAGACAGAUCAAACAGCGUAGAACAAUGACGAACAACCCACCGAAUUCAGAAACGCCGGACGACGCGGAUAACGUUGAAAUGAUGCCAUACUACAGCCCGGUAGUGAUGUACCAACAGCAGCAGAACGUACAGCAACAGAACGUACAGCAGCAGAACGUACAGCAGCCGCUGGUACAGCAAAUGCCAGAGCAAGAGCAGCUUGGACAGGGCCAACAGCAGCCCAACACUGCCAACAGUGCUUACAAUACUCAGUACUGGUACAACUAUCAGCACCAUGGCCACUUGCACCCACCACACCAGCCCAUCUAUCCUCAGCAAUACCUAAAUCCAGUCGAAGUGAUACCUGGUUAUAGUUACUCGCAAAAUCAUCCGUACGCCGCCCAUUUGCAACACCAAUAUCAGGUCCAGCAGGCGCAUACGCUCAUGCAAGCUGCAGCUUCCGCCAUUCCGGCGUGGAACAACGGAGGGCGGCCGCAGUUGGUCAAUCCUGAGGAGCCGAGUCCUUCGAACACCAGCAAUACCAAUGGCAGUGAUGAUCCUACUUCCACGCCGUCUACUAGUUCGCCGACAAACAACGCCGGCAAGCGAAGUAACACCAGCACGUCGUCCAACUACAGCCCUACUAGCAGCAACAGCGGCAACAACAGCACGAGAUCGGCGCCAACGUUGCAACCGUCGACAUCGGCGUCAAUGUCGGAACCGUCGACGUCGGCGUCAAUGUCGGAACCGUCGACGUCGGCGUCAAUGUCGGAACCGUCGACCUCGGCCUCAAUGUCGGAACCGUCGACAUCGGCGUCAAUGUCAGAACCGUCGACAUCGGCGUCAACGUCGGAACCGGCGAGAUUGGGGAGAUCGGCGAGAUCGGCGAGAUCGGCGUCACUACGGCAGAACCCCUACGAAUGGAUGAGAAGACCUUCGUACCAAAGUCAGUCGACUAAUCCAGGGAGGACUCGAACGAAAGACAAAUACAGAGUGGUCUACACAGAUCAUCAAAGACUGGAGCUUGAGAAGGAAUUUCAUUACAACCGUUAUAUCACGAUCCGCCGAAAGACAGAACUGGCUAUCAGCCUUUCGCUCUCUGAACGACAAGUGAAAAUCUGGUUUCAAAAUCGACGAGCGAAGGAGAGAAAGCUCUUGAAAAAACAAUUAGAAUUAGAGCAAAGAUUGGAAGCAGCAGUGAACGGGGAGACGAGCACAUCUAUGGCUAAUCUAACGAUCAGCGGAACAUCAACAGGAACAGCGAGAAUGGAAGGAACGUCGAAUGGUUUGCCUAACGGUCUUAAUUUUGGGCAUUCGUCUCAUUACGUUCCUCGAAUUGAGUCGACGAGUACUAUUAUUUCUACCGAUAUUCAUCCUCAAUCUCAGCCUCAACCACUUCCUCACCCUUCUUCUUCGCCACUUCCUCAUUCUUCUUCCCAGCCACAACCACAUUGCUCUACCCAGCCACAACCACAUUGCUCUACCCAGCCACAACCACAUUGUUUUCAACCACAGCCUCACUGUUCUCAACCACAGCCUCACUGUUCUCAACCACAACCUCACUCUUCUCAACCACAACCUCACUCUUCUCAGUCUUUUACUUAUAUUUCUCAGUCUCUUCCUCAUCCACACUCUCAACCUCAUCCUCAUUCUCAGCAUUUUUCUCUUCCUCUGUCACCUUCUCUUUCUCAGCCUGUUUCUCAGCCUCUUUCGUCACCUCUCCCCCAAACUUUUUCCCAACCUUUUUCUCAAUCUUUUCCUCAUUCUUUUGUUCAUUCGUUUCCUCAGUCUUAUCAUCAGUCUUACCCACAAGCUUAUUCUCAAGCCUAUCCUCAAGCUUAUCCUCAGUCUUUUCCUCAUUCUAUUUCUCAGCCUCAGCCUCAGUCUCAGCCUCAGCCUCAGCCUCAGCCUCAGCCUCAGCCUCAGCCUCAGCCUCAGCCUCAGCCUCAGCCUCAGCCUCAGCCUCAGCCUCAGCCUCAGCCUCAGCCUCAACCUCAGCCUCAGCCUCAACCUCAGCCUCAACAUCAGCCUCAACCUCAGCCUCAACCUCAGCCUCCACCUCAGCCUCCACCUCAACCUCAGCCUCAACCUCCACCUCAACCUCAGUCUGAACCUCAGUCUGAACCUCAAUCUCGGACACUGUCUCGGACGCUGUCUCGGACACUGUCUCGGACGCUGUCUCGAACGCUGUCUCGGCCUCAAUCUCGACCUCAAUCUCCAACUGAAUCUCGACCUCAGUCUUAUCCUCGGUAUCAGCGUCAUCUUUCAUCGACACAAGAACAGUCAUCUGAGAGACCGGGCGCUGAAACGUGGUCCAACUGUAGUUGACAUUGUUAUCACUCUUCUCGUUCAUUGUUGUUGAAACGACUCUGUUCAUAGCAAUGGCAGAAUCAAAAUUUGUUUUAUACAUUUGAUUUAACUGUCUCAAGUUCCGACAAAAUUUGAACUUUAGUCUAUUUACUUGAAAUAUAAUAGUUGCAGGGA